AGAAAGUCAGAGUCUUUUAUUUUGAAGGGCCCAGCUCACCCCGCACGGAGCGGACCGAGCUGAGCCCAAUCAGUCCAGUCCAGCAGAGACAGCGCCGAGCGGUGUCGGAACUCCGAAUAUGACAGGAGAUAAGUUCACGAGCUGAUCCCGGCUGGUCGACAGCCGCUGUCCCGGGUCUUAGAGACGCCACGAGCUCUCGGGACAGUCCGUGUCCCCGGACGAACAACUCUCGGCUCGGAUACACGGCGGCAGGAGCAGGGCGGUGUGUGCGGGGGCUCUGGCGGCGGUCCCGCCGCUAGCGAAACAUGAACAAAACCCACCGAGUGCCGAGCAGCCAUUCUCUGAGUACCGUGGAGGUGAAGAGCAAGUUUGGUGCAGAGUUUCGUCGGUUCUCUCUGGAUCGGUCGAAGCCUGGUCGUUUUGAUGAAUUCUACGGCCUGCUGCAACACGUGCAUCGCAUCCCCAACGUGGAGCUGUUGGUGGCCUACGCCGACGUUCACGGCGACCUGCUGCCCAUCAACAAUGACGACAACUACUGCAAGGCGAUCUCCACCGCUAACCCUCUGCUCAGGCUCUUCCUGCAGAGGAAAGAGGAAGCUGACUACACAACGCUGGGAACAGAUUCGAUGACCAGAAAGAAGAACACAGUCCUUUCAGCGGUUCUUCUGCGGCCUGACACCAACAAGAAAAAACCUCCGGUGAUCAUUAGCCUCCCGAAAGACUUCCGUCCUGUAUCCUCCAUCAUCGACGUGGACAUCCUUCCAGAGACGCACAGACGCGUCCGUCUGUACAAACACGGCCAAGAAAAGCCUUUGGGAUUUUACAUCCGCGAUGGCUCGAGCGUACGGGUCACUCCGCAGGGCCUGGAGAAGGUCCCGGGUAUCUUUAUCUCACGUUUGGUGCCUGGUGGUUUGGCCGAGAGCACCGGCCUGCUGGCGGUUAACGACGAGGUGCUGGAGGUGAACGGUAUCGAGGUGGCUGGCAAGUCUCUGGACCAGGUGACGGACAUGAUGAUCGCCAACAGCCACAACCUCAUCAUCACCGUGAAGCCUGCCAAUCAGCGGAACAACAUCGUGCGGAGUGGAGGAGGAGGCGGCGGCACUGCGUCUGGCAGUUCAGGACGAUCAUCGGACAGUGGCGCCAGCUACUACGGUUACUCAUCACACAGCGUCCCGGCCUCUGUACCGUCGCACAUCAUCCAGAACUUCCCCGUCGGGGAGCUGGAAAGCGACGAAGAAGAUGAGGACCUGGUGAUCGAGGCAGGAGGCGAAGCCGAGGCCAUCAGACACGCCCCCUCCAACUACAGCGUACCCCCCGUGCCUCGCUACGAACCACACCUCAACCUCCGCACCAACUCCAGCUCGCCCUACAGUUUUCACGCCAACGGGACCCUGCCUGGCAGCAGCGGAUCACUAAACAGCACUCAUGCCAAUUCGACCACACCGUCACCAGACAGAGCGAAGGAGAGGCGGAGCCUGGAGGAGGAAGGCACGGUCAUUACGCUGUAGGCGGAGCUUUUUACAUGCUAAUCACUGGAAAACAAAGACGCACGUACUCGGACGCUUCCACGCUCUGCAGGAGGCGGCGGGGGAGCCGUGGACCAGCACUUCAGUCUCGUCGUACUGCGACUGCCCCUGAGAAGCACAUGUUUGUUACAUCUAAGCAUUACAGUGAUGCUGCACAUAACACUGCGUUCUACGCUUCUCUACA